CUGCAUUUCCCGGCAUGCUUUGCGGCAGGACAGCAUUUCCGGUUUAAUGUGAGGGAAAAGUUGAGUUAAUUUAAUUCAAUUCUUAGGAGCACAACAUUACAUCUCAUCAUCAUCAACCGCGAGUCGAUAAACCGUUCAGACGGUGAGAGGUGAAGCGCGCGCGAGUUUAUUUUUGACCGGUUUCCUUUUCCGCUUUUAAACCCUGCGCUCGAGCCAAAAACUCCGUCAUGUCGGUGUCCGGUGAGAACAGUCGUGAUCGAUACACUCGCGUUCACACGCGGAGUUCUCCGGGAUUCCUGGAGCGUCUGGGAGAAACGAUGGGGGGGAUGGCAGUGGGUGUGGUCAUCUUCUUCCUCUCCUUCUACGUGCUCUUUACUAAUGAGGGCAGAGCAAUCCGCACCGCGUCCUCUCUGGAUGAGGGUCUCGCUCAAGUCGUGACCCUUCACCCAGACUUCUAUGUUGACCCCCAGAACAACGGGCACCUCGUUCACCUCUCAGCUUCUCUGCGCACAGCUCAGCCUCUGCAUGACCCAAACUACAAUGUCAUGGUUCAGGCGGUGAAGUUGAAGAGGAAUGUGGAGAUGUACCAGUGGGUGGAGUAUCAGGAGUCACGGGACUAUACAGAGAACGGAGAAACGAAAACGGAGACCACGUACACAUACAACACAGAGUGGAAGUCGGAGAUCAUCAACAGCAGAAAUUUUGAUAAGGAAAUCGGCCACGUCAAUCCCAGCGCAAUGGCUGUUGAGAGUGUCACUGUCGUUGCCCCCGACGUGUGGGUUGGCCAUUUUUUUCUCUCAAAAGGUUUGAUCGAUCAGAUUAAUAAUUUCAAGACUCUGAGUCUGAGUGCACUUCCUGUUACUGACCAGUUUCUCACGGUGUACGAAGAUUAUUUCUAUCACACAGCCAACCCACGGAGACCAGAGGUGGGAGACGUGCGAGUGAGCUUCUCCUACGCCGGACUCAGUGGUGAAGUCUCCUUCCCUGGACCAGCACAGAAAGUGAGCGUGGUGGCGAUGCAGAAAAAAGACAAACUCGUGCCUUUUAAGACCAAAUCAGGAGACACGCUGGAGAUCCUUUACCUGGAGGAGCUCACAGCAGAGGAGGUCUUUGCUCGAGAACAUCAGCACAAUGUGAUGAUGACAUGGGCUCUGAGAGCAGGUGGUUGGCUUCUCAUGUUCAUCGGGAUCAAUCUGACCAUGCGCAUCUUCUACACUCUUGUGGACUGGGUUCCUGUGCUGAGAGAGCUGGUGUCUGUGGGCGUGAAGCUCUUUGCGGCGUGUGUGUCCUGCUCGCUUUCUCUCCUCACCAUCUCAAUCGGCUGGCUGUUUUAUCGCCCCCUGGUGGCUGCGCUGAUCGCUGCAAUCGCCCUGCUGCCCAUCCUCAUCACACGCGCUCGCAAAGCUGAGAAAAAACAUCAGUGACCACUACAAAGAGUGGGAUGGUGAAUUCACAAAGAUGGAUUCUUUUAUUAUACGGACCACUGCUACUGCUCAUCUCUCUCACACAGAAAAUAAGAGCAGUAUUCGGAACACACCAGGGCUGUGUGGAGUGUGGAUUCAUAGCACUGGAGUCCUCUGUUAUGGAUUAAUGUUCAAAACUAAAGUUAAACACACUCCAAAUAAGAAUGUAUGUUUGUCUUUACAGUAUAAUCUAACAGUUACUGAUAAAUCACCCUGAACAGCUGCCCCCCCAAAAAAACUUGCUCUGACGAGCUUCUCAGUCAGAAAGAAAAAACGAACUUUAAUAACAGACACAUUUACAUUCUGAUUGAUCAGAAGGUGUUGAUUAAUUUAAACAGGAGUCUCCAGUGUCAGUGCUUUGUAACAGUCAGCUAGCUAUUUAUUACAAGAAUACAUUUAAUUUGUCAAUAAAUUCAGAUAUAAAUGGAUCGAGUAUACAUUGUUCAUUAAGAAUAAAUAUUGUAAUUGUGGGUAAGUUGCUGUGAUAAGAGGAAUAAACCAUUUGUGGGUGUGCUGUUAUUAAAAAAAAAAUCACCUUCAGGAUGGAAAUGGUAACUGUGCUUGACUUCAGGCUGCACCACCCCACCGUUGAUUAUUUUCCUUUAACAGUGUAUCCCAGUUUGUUUUAUCCCUUCCUUAAUCAACACCUUCUGACCAAUCAGAAUUCAGCCAUGCUGUGGUGUAAAUCAUUUGAACAUGUGCAUAUUGAAAUAUAGGUUGUGUUAGAUGGGACUGUUUAGUGAUAAUUCAUUGUUCAAGUGAUUUCAUUGUUUUUUUUUUAUUUCCUUCUCACAAGCUCCUGGUGAAAGAUAUUACAUUCUUCAUAUGACAGGAUGUUUAUUUUUCUGCACUUCUGUAUAUUUCUGAUUAUGCAAAUUAAAAACAUCCCCAGCCUGA